UUUAUAUCAAAUCUGCGGUAGAUUCUAAUAAAGGAACUGAAAUUAAGAUCAUGAUAUUGCUUCUGGAAUCUACUAUAAACGUCAAAUGCAAGAGAGUUUUUUGUACAAUAUCUGAAGAAAAAAGAGUGAACACGAUGAAAACUGUUUCAGCAAUGAUCUUUGCGACGCUGCUUGUCGCUUGUAAUGGCAAACCGUCUCAGUUUUUACCAGAAACAGAGAUGAAUUCUGGGGAGAAAAUGUGUAUAGCAGAAAUGAAUGCAUGUUAUGAACAGAAUAACUACAACAAGCGAAGAGAAGACUAUCCAAUCCUAGUGGAACCACUGUCACCUUCAAGAAAUUGUUUCCAAGAAUAUCGAGAUUGUCUAACGAAUUUAGAAAUGAGUGUUUUAAAGUAGUAGUAAAUAUAUUGAACCGUUAUUAA